GCCCACCGCAGCGGACAGCGCUGAGAGAAGCGGCGACCCAGGGCCCGAGCCGGAGAGCAGCAGUUGUAGCCACUCGCCCAGAAACCAGACACCAUGUGCGACGAAGACGAGACCACCGCCCUCGUGUGCGACAAUGGCUCCGGUCUGGUGAAAGCCGGCUUCGCCGGCGACGAUGCCCCUAGGGCCGUGUUCCCAUCCAUCGUGGGCCGCCCCCGCCACCAGGGCGUCAUGGUGGGUAUGGGUCAGAAAGACUCCUACGUGGGGGACGAGGCUCAGAGCAAGCGAGGUAUCCUGACCCUGAAGUACCCCAUCGAGCACGGCAUCAUCACCAACUGGGACGACAUGGAGAAGAUCUGGCACCACACCUUCUACAAUGAGCUCCGCGUGGCUCCCGAGGAGCACCCCACCCUGCUCACCGAGGCCCCCCUCAACCCCAAGGCCAACCGCGAGAAGAUGACCCAGAUCAUGUUUGAGACCUUCAACGUGCCCGCCAUGUACGUGGCCAUCCAGGCUGUGCUCUCGCUCUACGCUUCCGGCCGUACCACUGGCAUCGUGCUCGACUCCGGCGACGGUGUCACCCACAACGUGCCCAUCUAUGAGGGCUACGCCCUGCCUCACGCCAUCAUGCGCUUGGAUCUGGCCGGGCGCGACCUCACGGACUACCUGAUGAAGAUCCUCACUGAGCGUGGCUAUUCCUUCGUGACCACAGCUGAGCGCGAGAUCGUGCGCGACAUCAAGGAGAAGCUGUGCUACGUGGCCCUGGACUUCGAGAACGAGAUGGCUACGGCCGCCUCCUCCUCCUCCCUGGAGAAGAGCUACGAGCUGCCCGAUGGGCAGGUCAUCACCAUCGGCAACGAGCGUUUCCGCUGCCCGGAGACGCUCUUCCAGCCCUCCUUCAUCGGCAUGGAGUCCGCCGGCAUCCAUGAGACCACCUACAACAGCAUCAUGAAGUGCGAUAUCGACAUCAGGAAGGACCUCUACGCCAACAAUGUCAUGUCUGGCGGCACCACCAUGUACCCGGGUAUCGCCGACCGCAUGCAGAAGGAGAUCACCGCGCUGGCUCCCAGCACCAUGAAGAUCAAGAUCAUUGCCCCACCCGAGCGCAAAUACUCGGUCUGGAUCGGCGGCUCCAUCCUGGCCUCGCUGUCCACCUUCCAGCAGAUGUGGAUCACCAAGCAGGAGUACGACGAGGCCGGCCCCUCCAUCGUCCACCGCAAAUGCUUCUAAACACAAUCACAUCUCCCGUGUGCUACUUCUCCUCAGGAUGACAAGUCUGUUAAAAGUUUCAGGUGGCUGAUCUCGAGCUACAGCCAAGUAACUUUCCCUCGUAACAACUUCCGUUGAUAUUAUGCUGCCAAACUGACACGGUGUUUAUAAAGUGUACAUACAUUAAUUUAUUUUACCUCAUUUUGUUAUUUUUAAAACAAUGCCCUGUGGAAGGAAAUGGAAAACUUGAAGAAGCAUUAAUUAAACUCAGUCAUUCUGUUACGCUGCGUAAA